AUGGUUAUUUCUGCCACGGAGUCGAAAAAAUUGAGGGGAGAAUUUCUGCAGACAGCUGCUGAUAUCUUUGAGAAUGUGCUCUCAAAACCCCCUACUCCGAAUAUUGUGGAGCUUUGGAAGGAACAUCAAGUGAUCAGAAGAGCUCUGGAUGAAAUCACCAGCAAGCAGGCGCAACUCAGUGACACCGACGUUCAGCUGUCGAAAACGCGAACAGCGAAAGAGGUUGCGGAUUUUUUAUUAUGGGCCGAUCAAAUUGGCAUAAAACGCUAUGGUGUUACUGUGUCCGAAUGCGACGAAGUUGGCGGUUUAGGACUAUUGGCUUCGAAAGAGAUUGCUGAAAAAGAUCGUUGUGUAACUGUACCACGACAUGCCAUGAUUUCCGUUGAUCUUGCGAGGAAAUCUGCCAUUCUCAAAAAAGUUUUUGAAAGCGAAGUCAUUGUUCAGAAUAUGGCAAAUGUUGGUCUAGCCCUUUUCAUUUGUGCUCAUAAGGUGAAAUCUGAUUCAAAAUGGGCCUCGUAUCUCAAUGUACUUCCCAGUUUCUACACGACACCACUUUUUUAUACUGAGGAGGAAUUGGUGCUUCUGAAGCCGUCUCCAGUCUUCGAAGAAGCUUUGCUAUUUUUCCGCACCGUGGCUAGGCAGUUCAUUUACUACUUAUUAAUGGUUGGACGUAACGAUGUUUAUGAUAACACAAGUCGUAGAGAACGUGCGGGAGCUCAGCCUCCAUUGCUGUACAAUUCCCCAUUUACUGUGGACAACUUCACCUUCUCUCUGUAUAGAUGGGCCGUUGGAACUGUUACUACUCGAAUAAACUUAAUUCCUAGUGACACGGCCAGAGCUGCUGAUGGUACCAAGAAAAUGGUACCCGCACUUAUUCCUAUGUUAGAUAUGGCUAAUCAUGAAUUGGUGAUGGGAACUCAAGACUUGGGAGAAGCCGUCUCUUACUGCACUGAGAGUGAUUGUGCGGAGAUUAUCGCCACAAAGGAUGUGGCAGCUGGUCAGUGGGUAAGCAUGUUUUAUGGUAGACGAUCUUCCGCUGAUCACUUGCUUCACAAUGGUUUUGUACCCGCAGGCGAAAAUCCCUUUGACAGCUAUAAACUAAAAAUAAGUAAGUUCACGUUGCGUUGA